AUGCCCAGCUGCUCGAAGUUUCUCAAAGAUAUUAUAUCAAACAAAUGCAAGCUGGAAGACAAUGAGAUAGUGAUGCUGAAAGAGAAAUGUAGUGCCAGAAUCCAGAGAAAGCUCCCACCAAAACUGAAGGAUCUAGGGAGUUUUACUGUCUCUUACACUAUUGGUGAAGUUUUUUUCGAUAGAGCAUUAUGUGACCUCGGUGCAAGAAUUAAUUUAAUAUCUCUGUCUGUUUUUAGGAAACCUGACUUGGGAGAAGUUAAAGCGACUACUGUGACACUUCAGCUGGCCGACAGACCAUUUCUGGCAACAGGGAGAGCGAUAAUUGAUGUCCAUAGGGGGCAGUUGAUCUUAAGAUUGGGAGAGGAGCAGAUAUUGUUCAAUGUUUUCAAGGCCAUGAAACUGCCAAUAGAAUCAGAUAGCUGUUAG